CCAUCUUCCCUGGCCCGGGAGGGGUCACAGGUCGGCGCCCGUGCGUCCCCCCACACGCCGACCCGCGGCGCGACCGAAGCGGGUGGCUUUCCCGGAGCAGCCGGGGCAGGGUCCCCGCGGCGAUGGACGCUGGGGGGCGCCCCGCGGGGGGCUGCAGCGGCCCCGCGGGGCAGUCCCGGGAGUACAAGCUGGUGAUGCUGGGGGCCGGCGGCGUGGGCAAGAGCGCCAUGACCAUGCAGUUCAUCAGCCACCGCUUCCCGGAAGACCACGACCCCACCAUCGAAGAUGCUUAUAAAAUCCGGAUUCGUAUUGACGACGAGCCUGCCAAUCUGGACAUUCUGGACACGGCCGGACAGGCAGAGUUUACUGCCAUGCGAGAUCAGUACAUGAGGGCUGGAGAAGGGUUCAUCAUCUGUUACUCUAUCACCGACCGUCGAAGUUUCCAUGAAGUUCGGGAGUUCAAACAGCUUAUUUAUCGAGUUCGACGGACUGAUGAUACACCUGUGGUCCUUGUGGGAAAUAAGUCUGACCUAAAUCUACUGAGACAGGUCAGCAAAGAAGAAGGCCUGGCUCUGGCGCAGGAGUUCAGCUGUCCCUUCUUUGAGACAUCGGCUGCCUACCGCUACUACAUCGAUGACGUGUUCCACGCGCUGGUGCGGGAGAUCCGCAGGAAAGAAAAAGAAGCUGUCCUGGCCUUGGAGAAGAAAUCAAAACCUAAGAGCAGCGUGUGGAAGCGGCUGAAGUCACCGUUCCGGAAGAAGAAAGACUCCGUGACCUGAGGGAGCCGGCCACUGUCUUCCUGGGCUGCUGGGUGUCCCAGGGCGUGCAGUGACCGUGGCCGUGGGCCAAGCUUGUUCUCAUUCUUAUUGAGACCGCUGAAGGGGACACGGGGACACGUGUCCCCAGAGUGUCGGUGCUGUGGUAUUUUACGUGUUGUCCCUUAGCCGAUUCUGAUGCAUUAACCCAGAGGAGAGCCGUCUCCUUGCAAGAUGUCGUUAAUAGAAUUAUGAUCUGCAGCAUUCUGGGGGGGCCUGUUGCUGACGGUCACUCCACCUGUUACUCUUUCCCAGGGGACUCUAUGCCAAAUUCAAAAAAGGAAUUGUGGCUAUGUGCCACUCCAUUCGUCUCUUGCAGCUUCAGUUUUCUGGAAUUUGUCCCCAUCCAGGAAUCCAAAUCUCUCUUCGUCCCUCCCCCGUGCUUCCUUGAGAGACUGAAACACCAAUAGCAAAUACACAUCAGACUCUUCAGCCAGA